AUGGGAAAACACGUGGCAAUGGCUAAAAUUUGCCCUGUUUUCUUGAAAAAGAAACGAAUUAGAGAACUCAUGGCGGAAUUUAACUGUUCCUACAAAAAAGACCUUAUGCUGUAUGUCCCGCCGUCACCUCGACCACCGAUUACGAAAAAUGACCCACCUCUACUUACACAACCUACAUCUGAAAAUGAAUCACCACAACAAGAUAAGCAGAUUCCCGGGACUAGUGAUGUGUAUACCUACACUAGUGUUACGAAAACACCCCCCAGAAGAAACGAGAAAAAGCUCUAA